AUGGGACUUCACUCGCCUCCCACACUCCCCUCCUCUCCCUCCAUCACCAUGAGUCGCUCCUCGUCUCGCCCAUCUCUCUCCCUAGACCUCUCCAAUCUCCCAUCGCUCUCGCAGCCAUCACCACCAUCCAACACCCUCCUCAUCACCGAGCUGCACGAUCUACACCUCUUCCAGCCCUCCGCCCUCGACGCCAUCCGCUCCCAGCUCACAGCCGUGGCGCCACUGAACUCCUUCUCCCCACUGCCCUCCCUGCGUCGCAUCGUCUGCUCCUUCCACUCCGACGACGACGCAGUCGCCACCCGCAAGAUGCUAGAGGGAAACCGGCUCCUGGGCCGCGUGCGUCCGCGCAUCUACUUCGGCGAGCAUACCCCCAUUCUCUCGGCUGAGGAGGCCCGCCGUCCCAAGCUGCUCGAGGCGCCCCAGCCCGAUAAGAUGUUCUUUAUCUCGCCCCCGCCCAGCCCACCGCACGGCUGGGUUAUGCGCAAUGAGGAGCCGCCGAACAAGGAGGUACAUGCUCAUGACCUCGCCCAUGCGCUGUCUAUGCUCAAGACCGAUCACGCGCCGCAGGCCCCAGAGCCCAUGGCUGUGGAUCCUGCUACCCCGGUGUCUAUCUCCUCGGACAAGCGCACGGGCAGUUGGCCGCUGGCUGGUGAGCAGCGCCGCAGCAGGAGCAGCACGCUGAUCUAUCAUCCUGAAGAUCACGGCGGCAGCCCCGGCUUGCCUGCCGUGCUGGUUGAGGAUACCACUGUGGUAGGCGAUGAUGACGAGGAUGUGGACAUGGAACUGAGCCCCAUCGACAUGACUGUCAAGAAGAUGCCGCCCAAGACUUCCCGGCCACCGGUCGAGUUGAUGGAGUAA